GACCUUUAGGCUACCCUUGAGAAGAGAAAACUAUGACAUAUUUGCCCGAUACAUGGGAAUUUCAGAGUAAUCAUCUGUGAAAUAUUAACCUACAAAAUCAUGGAAUAUCACCUUCAUUCAAUCUUCGACUAUACUUCUAAAAAUGCACCCAAUAAGCAUUGAUGUCUAAAUACCAUGCUGUGUGAGACAGUUUGUGAAUCCAUGGUAGACAUGAAUCUUCCUCUUGAGAGAGUAUUGGGUAACAGUGUUGGCAUCUCUGCUUUUCUGAAUGAUCUUCCUCUUACAACUUGAGGUGACUUUUAAGUUAAACUGAUAAAGGACGUGGGGUUGGGGUUUUGUUUGUUUUUUUGGUUCUCUGCCAUCUUUGUUGCCAAGAUGGCUUCUGUCCGGUUCAUGGUUACCCCUACUAAAAUUGAUGAUAUCCCAGGCCUCUCUGACACUAGCCCAGACCUCAGCUCCCGUUCUAGCUCGUGCGUCCGCUUCAGUUCCAGAGAAAGUGUCCCUGAAACAAGCCGCAGUGAGGGUGCCAGUGACUUUUCCAGAGCAACCACUUCGUUGGCCACUGAAGCAGCCGAGCCAGCUUCUGACAAGACAACGAACCUCCGCACAGAUGUGGCUGAAGAUGUGAGUCAAACUUCCAUCACAGGGGAACAGUGUCAGCUCUUAGAUCCUGGACACAAGAAGGAUCAGCAUACCUUUCUCAACAAUAUCAACUAUGAAGAUGGUGAUGAAUUCUUUGACAAGAAUUUGGCACUCUUUGAGGAGGAGAUGGAUACCCGACCCAAAGUGUCUUCCCUGCUCAAUCGAAUGGCCAACUACACCAACUUGAUGCAGGGAGCCCGUGAACACGAGGAGGCAGAGAAUGUCCCUCCAGGCAAGAAAAAAAUCACCAAGACUCCACAGAUGGGCACAUUCAUGGGAGUCUACCUACCCUGUCUGCAGAAUAUCUUUGGAGUGAUUCUUUUCUUGCGUCUUACUUGGGUUGUCGGUACAGCUGGUGUGCUGCAAGCCUUUACCAUUGUCCUUAUUUGCUGCUGUUGUACAUUGCUAACAGCCAUCUCCAUGAGUGCCAUUGCCACCAAUGGAGUUGUGCCUGCUGGGGGUUCCUACUUCAUGAUUUCACGAGCCCUGGGACCUGAGUUUGGAGGAGCUGUAGGACUCUGCUUCUAUCUUGGCACUACCUUUGCUGCUUCAAUGUACAUCUUGGGGGCUAUUGAAAUCUUCCUGAUGUACAUUGCCCCCAAGGCAGCCAUCUUCCACAGCGAUGAUCCCCUGAAGGAGCCGGCAGCCAUGUUGAACAACAUGCGGGUUUAUGGCUCUGCCUUCCUGGUGCUUAUGGUGCUGGUGGUGUUUGUGGGAGUGCGUUAUGUGAACAAGUUUGCCUCUCUUUUCCUCGCCUGCGUCAUCGUCUCCAUUCUGGCUAUUUACGCUGGUGUCAUCAAGUCCUCCUUUGCACCUCCUGAUUUUCCUGUGUGCAUGCUGGGGAAUCGUUCCCUCUCCCAGCACCAUAUUAAGACAUGUGCCAAGACCGAGGAGCAUGGUAACCUCACCGUACCCACAUUCCUGUGGGGACGCUUUUGCAACCAUAGCAAGCUCCUCAAUGCCUCUUGUGAUGAGUAUUUUCAACACAACAAUGUCACUGUUAUCCAAGGAAUUCCAGGACUAGCCAGUGGUGUUAUUGCUGAGAAUCUUUGGGGCAACUACCUGACGAAAGGUGAAAUACUUGAGAAGCCAUCUUUGCACUCCGUUGAUGUGGGAGGAGCUCUGAAUCAGCAAUAUGUGCUGGCUGAUAUCACCACUUCCUUUACCCUUCUUGUGGGCAUAUUUUUCCCUUCUGUCACUGGAAUCAUGGCUGGAUCAAAUCGUUCAGGGGACCUAAAGGAUGCCCAGAAAUCUAUUCCCAUCGGUACCAUCCUGGCUAUUCUCACCACCUCCUUUGUGUAUCUUAGCAAUGUGGUGCUGUUUGGGGCUUGUGUAGAAGGUGUUGUACUCAGGGACAAAUUUGGUGACACAGUGAAGGGGAACCUGGUGGUGGGUACACUCUCCUGGCCAUCCCCUUGGGUCAUUGUCAUUGGUUCAUUCUUCUCCACAUGUGGAGCUGGGCUGCAGAGCCUCACAGGUGCACCCCGACUACUGCAGGCCAUAGCAAAGGACAACAUUAUACCCUUCCUGCGGGUUUUUGGCCAUGGUAAACCUAAUGGGGAGCCCACCUGGGCUUUGCUUCUGACAGCAGGCAUUGCAGAACUUGGGAUCCUUAUUGCAUCAUUGGACAUGGUAGCCCCUAUUCUCUCCAUGUUCUUCCUGAUGUGUUACCUCUUUGUCAACCUAGCCUGCGCCUUACAAACUCUACUACGCACCCCUAAUUGGAGACCACGCUUCCGGUACUACCAUUGGAUACUCUCCUUCAUGGGCAUGAGCAUUUGUGUGGCGCUCAUGUUCAUCUCCUCCUGGUAUUAUGCAAUUAUUGCGAUGGUGAUAGCUGGAAUGAUCUACAAAUAUAUUGAGUAUCAUGGGGCUGAGAAGGAGUGGGGAGAUGGCAUCCGUGGCUUGUCCCUAAGUGCAGCCCGUUUUGCUUUGCUGCGCCUUGAGGAGGGGCCACCCCACACCAAAAAUUGGAGGCCACAACUGCUGGUGUUGCUAAAGUUGGAUGAGGAUCUGCAUGUGAAGCAUCCACAUCUGCUCACCUUUGCUUCUCAGCUGAAAGCUGGCAAAGGCCUCACUAUUGUAGGCUCCGUCAUGGUGGGAAACUUCCUGGAGAGUUACAGUGAAGCACUGGCUGCUGAACAGACCAUCAAACAUCUGAUGGAGGCAGAACGUGUGAAAGGCUUCUGCCAGAUUGUGGUUGCUGCCAAGGUGCGAGAGGGCAUCUCCCAUCUCAUUCAGUCCUGUGGACUGGGUGGUAUGAAACACAACACUGUGGUGAUGGGCUGGCCAAAUGCCUGGCGUCAGAGUGAAGAUGCCCGUGCUUGGAAGACUUUUAUUGGCACUGUCCGUGUGACUACAGCUGCCCGCCUGGCCUUGCUCGUGGCAAAGAACGUGGCUUUUUUCCCUAGCAAUGCAGAACCUUUUCCCGAGGGGAACAUUGAUGUCUGGUGGAUUGUGCAUGAUGGAGGGAUGCUGAUGCUACUCCCUUUCCUUCUCAAGCAGCACAAGGUGUGGCGCAAAUGCAAAAUCCGCAUCUUUACAGUAGCCCAGCUGGAGGACAAUAGCAUACAGAUGAAGAAGGAUCUGGCAACCUUCCUAUAUCACCUCCGUAUUGAGGCAGAGGUGGAAGUGGUUGAAAUGCAUGACAGUGACAUCUCUGCCUACACAUAUGAACGCACUUUGAUGAUGGAGCAGCGCUCCCAGAUGUUGCGCCAAAUGCGUCUCUCUAAGACAGAACGAGAACGCGAGGCCCAGCUUGUGAAAGACAGGAACUCAAUGUUGCGGCUGACCAGCAUUGGCUCAGAUGAUGAUGAAGAGACAGAGACUUACCAGGAGAAGGUGCACAUGACCUGGACCAAGGACAAAUACAUGGCUUCCCGUGGACACAAACUAAAGACCCUGGAGGGUUUCCAAGACCUUCUCAAUAUGCGUCCGGAUCAGUCCAAUGUGCGACGUAUGCACACAGCUGUUAAGCUCAAUGAGGUUAUUGUCAACAAGUCCCACGAGGCCAAGCUGGUGCUCCUUAACAUGCCUGGGCCACCACGAAACCCUGAAGGUGACGAAAACUAUAUGGAGUUCCUGGAGGUCCUCACAGAGGGGCUGGAGCGUGUGCUGCUUGUACGGGGCGGAGGCAGCGAGGUCAUCACCAUCUAUUCAUAGAGGUUGGGAGGUCUUCCUCCUGAUGAACUGUGUUCCGAUUGAUACCUGCUUCCUACCUGUUCCCAUGUGCCACUUGAUUCUCCCAAGGAGAUCAGCUAUUAACGCCACAGCUAUUUGCUUUCAUUUCUUGUGGCAAUUCAGGGUCUUCAAAUUGGGUGCUUUUCCCAAUGACUGGAGGAUGGAUAGUUGGCAAUUUAUUCAGCUUCCAUCAAGUUAGAGCUACACACUAGAAUCUUCACAAGCUUGUUGAGAGGGGGAAAUUAGAGAAAGGUAGGAGAUUGCUCUGUCACCCUCUCAAGAAACGUAGGAGCAGCAUCACAAGUAACAACUCUGGAGAGCAUGAGGAGGAGCAAAAGAUCAGGGAUGCUCCUCUGUAGUUGCUGUUGCCAUUGCAGGAAUGGAGUGACAGGGUCCAUCAGCUGGAACAGGGGCAGGUUUGGCACAGCUGGAAAAGCUGUUACAUGUCAUUAUCGUAUGAAGAGGAACAAGAAGGGAAAGGAGAUAGUCGCGAGACUUAGAAGAAGGGAAAUCCAUCCAUUGUGUCAGCACCAAAGUCUUUUUGCUUUUCUCCCCACUGAAAUCUAGAAAGACCACAAUGAGCAUUUAGGAAGUUGGAACUCACUUUUUAGAGUGCUUAGCCAUGAUCCCUUGUGGGAUUCUGAAAAUCAGAUACGCUGUUUGCCAACAAGGGGAGAGAAUGGCUAAUUCCCAAGUUAGCAUAUUGAUGGAGCAAGAUCUUUUCCAUUAUGGCCUUUGCACUUCUAUUGAGUCAAGGAAACUAGGAGCUGCCUUUUCCUAUUUUUAUAGAUAUUCUGUAGAACUGAUUGCUAGGCAGAAGGCAGCUAUAGUAUUUUGUUCUUAUGCACUGGUGGGGAAAGGAAUUUCUGUCCUGAAGAACAGGGUUUUCUGAUUUUCCUAAUUAUCCUCUUUGCUUCUGGAGAGGUCCAUCUCUUCCAAGCUUGGAUUAAGAAAACUAGUGCCGCAUCUUCUGUGCCAAGCAAGGUUGCCCUCUUUGAUGUCAGCGACAAGGACGGACAGCCUACUUUCACGAGUGUUGGGAUGGAGUUCUUCCUCACCUCUACAGAAGCAAACUUCGGGAAAGGUGCUGUGUCUAUUCCAUCCUAUCUAAUUUCAAUGAUGGAUGUCUCCUCCUUGUAGCUCUUGCUCAAGAAUAGUAUACAGGGACCACUCCCUCGGGGGUCGCCUUAAAAGAUACAUCUCAAGCCUCUCAUUUUAUUUUUAAGAGAGAAUUUCAGAGUUUUUCACCUCUUAUUUUGGCUGAGACUUCUUAAUUUAUUCAGGAUGCAACCUUGUUUACAUCACAUCAAAUUGGGGAGUGUGAUUUUUUUUUUUGCUUCUUGAAUUAUGUAAAGAAUAAACAUUUUAUAUACAAUUUU